GAUUUUGGGUACACAAAUGUUAUGGCUUUCUUAUAGAGAGAAUAGCAUUUAGCUCAUAAUAGAGGCCUGUAUUUUUAAAGUUAAAAGCCAAUUCUGAGACCCUGUUCUGGAUGCCUAAAUGCAUAAGUGUCUUACUUAUAUAGGGGAUGUGUAUUUUGGCACAUGAAUGUAGUACACAAUGAUCUUAUUUAGCAACAUUUUUAAGAACAUGCCAGUUUUGCAAAACCAAGCACUCAAGUAUGUGACAGAGUAGUGCCUUCUGUUGAAGAGGACAUACAACUGAGGAAUGUUAGCUUGUGAUAUCUAUUCACUGUUCCUGAGGAGUGAAUCUUCAUUAAAGUCCUUUUUCAACUUUCAUCUUACAAAAAAAGCUUAUGUUAAAGUGGAACAUAUCACCAAGUAAGGCACAAGAAUUUAGCAGUGAAUUUCCUAAAUCUCGUUCAGAGAAAGAAGAAAUGAAAAGUUUGCAACUUCUCUCUUUUUUGUUGCUUUCUUGUAUCAUCAUCCCAGCAGAUACAUAUGGAGGAAAGAAAAAAGAUGGACUCGGAUGCACACCUGGACUACCUCAAGCAUCAAAAGAAAACACUUUUUAACCUAAUAUACAGUUCAGGCCCAUCUGGAGUAGAGGCACUGGGAUCACAGAGUGAGCACACUAGAACAAAGAAAGAUCAGCAAAGCUUAGAAACCAAAUUUCAGCUCUAUACAGAUACAACUGAAGAAGGAUGUCAGAUUUUGUUCAAUCAGUUGGAGACUCUUGACAAAUGCAGUUUCAAUGCCUCUCUUCCUCUGGUGAUGAUAGUCCACGGCUGGUCGGUGGAUGGGAUAUUAGAAGACUGGAUUUGGAAAAUGGCAGCAGCUCUGAAGUCUCAGGAUAAACAAAUUAAUGUGAUCAUUGCAGAUUGGCUUACAUUUGCUCACCAGCACUAUCCCAUUGCUGUACAGAACACCCGCCACAUAGGUCAGGAGAUAGCAGACUUCCUGGAAUGGCUGGAGGAAUCCAUUCAAUUUUCCAGAAGCAAUGUUCAUCUAAUUGGGUACAGCCUAGGAGCUCAUGUUUCAGGGUUUGCCGGCAGUUAUAUCAGUGGUACAAGCAAGAUUGGAAGAAUUACAGGCCUUGACCCUGCUGGUCCCUUGUUUGAAGGAAUGUCACCAACAGACCGUUUAUCUCCAGAUGAUGCAAACUUCGUAGAUGCAAUUCAUACAUUCACUAAACAGCACAUGGGUCUCAGUGUUGGCAUCAAACAGCCUGUGGCCCAUUUUGACUUUUAUCCCAACGGAGGCACCUUUCAGCCUGGCUGUCACAUCAUGCAUGUCUACAACCACAUUGCACAAUACGGAAUCACUGGCAUCACUCAAACCGUGAAAUGUGCCCAUGAGAGGUCUGUUCAUUUGUUCAUCGACUCUUUGCUUCACAACGACAAGCAAAGCACAGCAUACUGGUGCAACGACAUCAACACUUUUGACAAAGGAAUGUGCCUCAGCUGUAGGAAGAACCGGUGCAACACACUGGGCUACAACAUCCGUGAGGAACGGCUCCCAAAAAGUAGACGACUCUUUUUGAAAACAAGAGCACGUAUGCCUUUCAAAGUCUAUCAUUAUCAGUUCAAGAUCCACUUCAUCAAUGAAAUCCAAGGCAAGCAGAUAGACCCAACUUUUAGCAUCUCUCUGACAGGCACAAAGGAGGAUGCUAAAAAUCUGCCCAUCACACUUGUUGAAGGAAUUAACGGGAAUAAAACCUACUCUUUUCUCAUCACACUGGACACUGAUAUUGGUGAACUAAUAAUGAUCAAAUUCAAAUGGGAAGGAACUGCAGUUUGGGAAAAUAUCUGGGACACAGUUCAAACCAUAAUACCAUGGACAAAAGGCACCCGCCGACCAGGACUUAUAGUGAAGACAAUACGAGUGAAAGCAGGGGAAACACAGCAAAAAAUGACAUUUUGUUCUCAAAGUAUCGAAAACGUUCACCUUUAUCCAGCCCAAGACAAAACAUUUGUGAGAUGUGAAGAUCGCUUUCGGAGACAAGAAAAGUGAGCAAGAACAAAAAGAAACUACUUACCAAAACACACUCAAAAUACCACACAUCUAGUAAGAUAUUUUAAAAACACACAGCUAUGUUAAGCAUAAAUUUAAAUACCCUGAUAGUUUCAGGGAUGAUGAAGAAAACACAAAAAUGUAGACGUUGUGAUACAACAGUAACUGAAAUGCACUUUGUUCAUCUGCUAGACUACUCUAAGUGAUCGAUGAGCAAUUUCAUCAACAGCAACUGUUAAUUUUAAAUUCUUUAAAGCUUUGAAAGAAUGCCUGCUCAUUAGAAAUACAAAGGUUUCUAUUUGAAAGAAACAUCUUUGAAAAAAGGAGCUUAAUUUCCAAUUAAAUGCUUUGAAACAUUAAUAGUGACUAUCAAUUAAAUCUUUCCUAAAUUAUUUCCUGGAGAAGGUGGAGUUAAGUAAUAGUAAGCAUACUCCCAAGUAGAUAACAUUAUCAAAAAUUUUUAACUUCUUACCUUAUAACCUUCAUAAACUAGAAAACAUCUCAACGUAUAGAAAGCUUGAGCUAUCCAUUAUAACCUGAUGACAAGCAAAAUAACAGUAACACCUAAAAAAGAUGUCCUAUUGGAAAAUGCUUUGCUGUUUAACCAUUUUAGGGUACUAAUUAAAAUUACUAGUAAUUUAACAAUGCUUAGUGUACUGCACACAAUUGUAGCACGACUAAGUUUUUAACUUUUGAAUUAAAAUCAUAUUGUUCAUGUAAUGCCUGAGAUUAUAGAUUUUAAAUCACUGUAUAGCAGAUUUUAGCAUGAUUUGGAACUGUAUUAAUAAAUUAAAAUGGUCAAAACUUUAUCAGAUAUCUUCAGUGCAUAUAAAUUUAAAAAAUUCAAAUAUACAAAAUUCCAUUGUUUCCUAUGUCAGAAUAUAACUACAUAAAGAAACACUAUCAUAUCAGAUUACUCAUGCUUUAUACUUCAUACAAUAGCAUUAAUAAAUAUGUACAUCAAAGUAUUUCAUUUGUCACUUUAUAAUGGUAAGCACAAGAUUAAUUAAAAUUAUGUUUAUGACUAUUCUGAAUGUAAUU